AAGAUUUUUUGUUCCUUGUUGCGCUAGGCUGGUGUAAAAUUCAAAAUGUCAAAAUAGAAUAUGUAAUUAUUUAGCAAACUUAUUAUGAAACUUAUAAAAUUACGUCAAUAAUUUAAUAAAUAACAAGUUUUAACUGAACAAUGGAACAAUAUCUGGCAAAUACUAUAAAUAAAUUGAACACCAAAGACUACAAUGAACUAACUCUAGUGCUCGGUAAUGAGAGCUGUGAUCUAGAUUCAGCCGUGUGCGCCAUAGUCUAUGCUGCGUUUUUAGACUGGCAAUACAACCAGAUCAAAUGCAAGGUGUGUACAAGAACCAAUAGAGACCCUCAGUUCUUCAAAGAUGAUAUCUUCGUACCAAUCCUAAAUGUGGAUAGGCAAGAUUAUGAGCUGAAGACGGAAGUGGCGUUCUGUUUGAGAGAUAAUGAAAUUAAUGAUGACCAUUUGGUGUUUAGGGAUGACCACGAUCUGGUGCAGUUGACAAAUGCAACCAAGACCAAUGUGGUGCUGGUAGACCACCACGUCUUAGCUGCGAAAGAUCAGUUCCUGUCGCCUUAUGUGACUGAAAUUAUUGACCAUAGGCCGUUGCAAGAAUGGUCAUACAACGAUGACACCCGAAGUACCAUGGAAGUGGUGGGGUCAUGUUCCACCUUAGUGGCCCAGAGAAUCAAUAAUUUGUGCACAUUACUAUCUACUGAGGGCGCUUUCUUCGAGAGCCAUGUUAUUUGUGCCAAACUUUUACAUUCUUCAAUUAUAUUGGACACGGUGAAUUUCUCGAAAGAAGUCAACAAAGCCACUCCGCAUGACGAGGAAAUGAUUCUGUUCUUGGAAAGUUUAUUGAAAACUGAGGAUUGUGAGAGUUUCAGGAAGACGCAGUUAGAUCGCCUGGUCGCUGCCAGGAGUGACGUCUCCCGCCUCAGCCCUGCUCAGCUGCUGAGAAAGGAUGUCAAGAUCCUGAAGGACGUUUUGGUCCCGAGCUUUCCUAUAUUAGUCAAGGAUUUCCUCCAACGCCCCGGCGCUCUGGACGCGGUGACCGAAGCCCUGGGCAAGCGGGGAUGCUCACUAGCCUUACUCCUGGGCAUGGACCUUGAAGGUGGACUGCGCAGGGACAUGGCGGUGUACUGCCCUGAUGAUAGUACUAAAGGACAUAAGCUCACAAAGUUCCUGCAAGAAUGGACUUCGCCGUCCCUAAAAUUGUUGUCAGAAGCAACCAGCAACUGCGAUUACAACCAGCAACUGAACUUAUCUGCAUCAAGGAAGCAAUAUAUGCCGGCCCUAAAUGAAUUUUUAAAUACACAAUAAUUCUUUCUAAAAGCGGGUCUUAAGUCUUAACUGAGCAUUAUUAAAGAUGAAUUUGAUUGGUGGA